AUGGAUCCUCCCUCUCGGAGUCCGGCGUUAAACCCUGCUUCCACGCCGUUCUUUCCUGGUGCUAUGCGCCUCAGCGAGGAUGACGCCCUCGGCCCUCUCGGUGGCUACAGACAGUCCAUAUCUCGCGACCAGCAGUACAGCACCUCCUCGUCCUUUUCCCUCGGCCUGAAGAUACCCUCCCCUGGCGAGCUUGCACGCCGCUCUCCGAAUCUCCGCCAGUCGGACAUGGACAGGCCAACCCUCGUCCACCACGAUUCGGCACGCGAGCUCAACAUAUCCCCGAGGAUGGACGUGCCCGUCGACGGUGAUGAGACCGACACUCCCGGACCGACAUCUGUCCCGAUCCCCAUGAAAGGCAUGAACGGCCAGCUCUCCGCGCCAUCUCUCUACACCAACACGAACCUCCGCAGCCGGGAGAGGCUGGGCACGCCACCAGUGAUGCAGGAGUCCACCAGCGGACGGUCGGCAUUCGUUCACCCCCCGUUCGUGUCCUCUUCACCUGCCCACUUCGCCCCCAGCCUCGAGUUCUCAGUCUCGUCUAGCAGCUUUGACUCGCAGCUCAAGUCCUCUCCGCUGAUGGUUGAGGUCCUCGAGCGUCUGAUGCGUCUCGAGGCUGCCCACCGGGAGAUCUCGCGGGAUCUUGGAGAUGUGAACCGCAAGGUGGACAUCCUUGUCGAGCGCGCUCUGCAUCCCAUGAGCAAUGGGUCUGGCAUGAACGCCCCGGUUGAGUUCAAGGAUCCCUUCGCACCGUCGUCGACACCAAGUGCCAGCUUCUCCGCCCCCGGAAUCAAUGGUCCGCGUGGCUCCAUCGCGAACAUCGCCCCAAACCAGAACCCCCCAGUGGACGACAUCACGACGAUCUCCAGCCGGCUCAACACGCUGACAACUUCAGUGGGUCAGCUCCUCGCGCUCCAGACGCAGCAAAUCCAGGUGAACAACGCCCAGAUGCUCGGGGGUGGCAUGCCUCCCAACGAGCUCGUUCCUGGACUCCCUCCAAUGAUGAAUCCCACGUUGCUUGGCCACGGCAUGCCUGGGCAGUCCAACACGAGGCACAAUCCCCGUGCCUCCAACCUGCCUAUGCGUACGUGGUCCACGGGUAACCUGGAGAUCCCGAUGCGUACCACGGAGUCACCUGCGUCAAUGGCCAGACAGGACUCCCUCUAUCGCGACAAGAGGCGGUCGGUUAGCGGCAUGAUGCGUCGUGAAUCUGUCGGGGGUGAGAGUCUCUCCGGAGGGUCCCGCGACGGUGGCCCAAUGAUUACCAAAUGGGAACAGCUCAACCUCGCGCCGGAGUUAUUGCGUUCCCUUAGCACGUUUGGCGUUGGCCCCCCGAACAAAAUUCAACAGCGGGCACUGCCUUUCCUCUUGCGUGGGUCGGACAUCAUCGCUCAGGCGCCGCCAACCCAGGAACGCAUCGCGGCCUAUGUGAUUCCAGCCAUUCAUAUCGCUGUGACGCAUGGGUCGAACCGCGGUGGCCCUCGGGGGCCUUUCGUGGUGAUGAUUUCCACCACAGUCGAUCAGGCUACUCAGGCCCAACGCAUGAUCAGGGACCUUGGUGGCCCUAUCGGUAUCAAGUCUGCACUUGGUGUUGGUUCAACUUUGGGCGGUGGUGACCUCACUCAAGAGCUCCGUCUUCUCCAGCAGAAUGUGCCUCACAUCAUCUGUGGUACCCCUCAAAAGCUUCAUGCCCUAUUCACGGCCCCAGGGGGACUUUCUGGCGCGGACGUCAGGUUCUUGGUGCUCGACGAAGUCGACCAGCUCAUUGCUAGGAAUCUGCAUGAGUUCGUCUUCAACAUUAUCAAGUUGCUUCCCCCGCCCCGCUCUCGUGCCCUCCCUAACAGCAACACACCCGGCUCGACGCCCCAGAUGCCGUUCCAGAACUUCGAGGCCAACAGCAGCUCAUCGUCCCUCCUCACUCCAUCGCAGAGUCUCACGCGUCGUCUCUCGAACAUCGGCAACUCCCCGCCUCUGGACGGGGGUAUGAAUGGCGCUAACUCGGCGAUCGAGCGUCAAACGGCCCUCUUCUCGAACACGGUUCCGCAAGACGUCCUCAACCUCGCCUCCGCGAUACAGCUCCGGGAGCCCGUCCGCGUGCUCGUGCGCCGCGACGGUAACGUGACGCACGCGGACACCAGCCAGGGUGCUCGCGGACUGCGCCAGUUCUAUCUGUACCUCGCCUUCACCGCCAGCGGCCGCUCCGACGCGCCGCUCCCUCAAGCUGGGCUUGGAACGAUCGGCUCGGGCCGAGGUGCUAUGAGCGCGGAAACGGCGCAGGCGCGCGAGUGGAAGCUCGAUGCGCUCGCUGAUUUGUUCGACGAUCUGGACCUUCCGCAGGCCAUUAUCCACGUGGGUGGCAUGGCUGCUCUGGAUACGGUGGUGUACAAGCUGUCGAGCCGUGGACUGGACGCUGUUCCUUUGCACGGUGACAUGAAUGCUGGCGCGAAGCUCGCUGCUCUGAACAAGUUCAGGGCUACUCCUGGAAUUAUGCGCCCGACGGCCACGAAAGUCCUCGUCGUUUACGAUGUUCAAGUCAAGACGCCCGAAGUCUCGCAGAUCCCUCUCGUCAUCAACUACGAUUUGCCCAAGGCUGUUGAAGAAUACGCGCACCGUGUCGCCCCGGCGAUUGCUCCGACUUACUCUCGUGCUGGUGUCGUCGUCAACUUUGUUACUGCGACCGGUGGUGACGUUGAAAUGCUCCGCUCCAUAGAAUGUUUCUACAAGAUUAAAUGUCCUGAAGUUCCCAUGAGCCUGCGCGAUAUUGUUUGA